CUUCUUAACAAACGAUCUUUAGUGGCACCAGCCAGGGAACAGUGGUCGAAAAAGUUUACCGCCAUCUCUGUUGUGUCCCUUUCUUACUGUACCCACUUCACUACUGGUUAUUGUUCAUACUCCACCAUGAGGCGUACAAGAAGUUCGAGAAGUAAUACAAGUCAGGUUGCAAAAGAAACUGAGGAAGUCCAGUCAAAAACAGGAAGUAUGAAGGACGCCGGUGACUCGACUGCUCAAAAUGAGACUUUAGUUCAAGUUAAAGAGGAGGAAGAGGAGGAGACAGAGCAGCAGCCUGUAGCUAAAAAGAAGAGAGGAGGCAAGAGUCAGGCAAAAACUCAAAAGAUGCCCAAAGAAGAAAUCAAAAGUGAAGAGGUGGUGAGGACGGUGGUCAUGAAGGGAAAAGCUCCAGUGGACAUUGAAUGCAAAGCCAAACUGGGAAAGGCUUAUGUGUACAGUGAAGGAAAUGAUGUUUACGACGUGAUGCUUAAUCAGACAAAUCUCCAGUUCAACAACAACAAAUACUACCUGAUCCAGCUGUUGCAGGACGACAGCUCCAAGGCUUACAGUGUGUGGGCCAGAUGGGGCAGAGGUGAGUUUAUUGGGAAAGUGGGUCAAAACAGUCUGACAGCCUGCGGUUCAGACCUGCUGAAAGCCAAAGAUAUCUUCAAGAAAAAGUUUUUAGACAAGACCAAGAAUGAGUGGGAAGGCCGAGCGACUUUUGAGAAAGUCGCUGGGAAAUAUGACAUGGUCUACAUGGAUUACAGCACGAAUGAAAAGGUGGAGAACACAACUGUCGUGGAUGCUGCACCCAAGAAGAGGAUCUCCAAGCUGGAUGUGAAGAUCCAGUCGCUCAUGGAGCUGAUCUGUGACAUCAAAGCCAUGGAGGAGUGUGUGCUGGAGAUGAAGUUUGACACCAGGAAAGCUCCUCUGGGCAAGCUGACCUCGGAGCAGAUCCGUGCAGGCUACAUGGCGCUGAAGAAAAUCGAGGAGUGUUUGAAGAAGAAGCGCAGCCGUCACGAUCUGCUGGAGGCUUGCAACCAGUUCUACACCCGCAUCCCUCAUGACUUUGGGUUGAAAACUCCUCCAAUCAUUGAUACAGAAGAGGAGCUGAAAGAAAAGAUCUCCCUGUUGGAGGCUCUGAGUGACAUUCAGAUUGCAGUGAAGAUGGUUCAGUCCAGUGGAGACAGUGAUGAACAUCCGGUGGACCGACAGUACUCCUCCCUCCAGUGCCAGCUGCAGCCUCUGCACUCCAGCAGCAAAGAGUUCGAGGUGAUUUCUAAGUAUCUACAGUCCACUCACGCCAACACCCAUAAAGACUACACCAUGACCAUCCUGGACAUCUUCACAGUGGACCGAGCCGGGGAGACGGACAACUUCCUGUCACAGAUGCACAACAGGACUCUGUUGUGGCACGGGUCCCGUCUCUCUAACUGGUGCGGCAUCCUCAGUCAGGGGCUCCGUGUGGCCCCCCCUGAAGCUCCCGUCACUGGUUACAUGUUUGGAAAAGGUAUCUACUUUGCUGACAUGUCAUCAAAGAGUGCCAACUACUGCUUUGCCAAUCAGAACAACCAGACAGGACUGCUGUUACUGAGUGAGGUCGCCCUGGGAGACUGUAACGAGCUGGUGAUGGCCGACUGCAACGCCCAAAAUCUUCCGGCCGGGAAACACAGCACCAAGGGCCUCGGACAGACCGGACCUGCCCCCAAGAACUCUGUCACUCUGGAUGGUAUGACGGUGCCUAUGGGUCCUGGGGUGAAGACGGGGGCGUGUCAAGACGUCCAUUACCAGCUCCUGUACAACGAGUACAUCGUUUACAACCCCGCCCAGACUCGCAUGAGGUACCUGCUGCGGGUCAAGUUCGACUACCCUUCCCUGUGGUGAGGCCGGGCUAAACAGAGCGGAGAAACAUGGAGCUUCUCUCUCUCCCCAAAUGUCCAAGCACUCUUCAUGCUCAGUUAUUCUGGUUCUUUGGUACAGGUUGUAAAAACCGUAACACUUUGCAGUUUCUGGGGGAAGUGUUUACUUUGUGAAGGAGCAACUAUAUCAGAAAAUGAUUGUUUGUACAGUCAUUGCUGAAAGUGAUGGCUGCUGUUCUUCCUCAUAUCUUAUAUCUGUUCUAUUGGUUUUACUUGAUGUUUCAUCCUGGACUUUGAAUGUUUCGAGUUGGCAUUUUUCACAGUUUGACAGUUUAAAGAACGUUUUGAUGAACGCUAACAUGAUUGUCAGAUGAAUUUGUUGCAUCCUUACAUUAACAUCCUCAAGUUUGAACAGGCAAUGCUUAAACAACGGACACAAUAUGUAAAAAUGCCAACAAAAGUGAGGUUUCUCUCUGAAAUCAACAUUGCAUCUUCGGUCUUUUUCAAGAAAAUGUGCUGAAUAUUACUCGGCUAGUCCAGUUAACUUUGAUAAGUCUAAAGGGAGAGAGUAAGUUCAUGCGAUAAGAAAAAAUAUGCUCGACUUUUUGCACUACCCUUCUUUAUAUCCCGUACGUCCUGAUCUAUAAACAGCUGUAUGUUUUGCAAUCUGUGCCGUGCUGCUCAUGAAACACAAACGGCCUUAUGGAUCUAUUGGAGUGUCAUCGCCUGACUUUAAAAACACAACGUAAAGAUUUGAAAGUUUCUUUAUGGCAAAUUGGACGUGAGCAUUUCUACCGAAUAAUUACCUAAAUUCUAGUGAAUGCCUUUAAUUCAAGUCAUUUCUGUGUGUGAACAUGAACUGCAAAAAAACCCAAAUACUGUUAGAAUUGUACAAAAGAAUUGUUUGUCAAACAAUAAUACUCUUUCUUUCAUUAAAGCAGCAUUUACAGUAUUUACAGUAAUCAAAAUAAUAAAGUACAUUCAUGUGA